CCUUGUUCACCAACUGCACAAUUUUCUCAAUAUAUCUGUCUGCUGCCUGGCAGCCAAACUGUUGCUGAGAGGUCACCUUGGUAACAUGUGCUGCAUAGCUGAACCCUAGAGGGGCUGUAAUAAGAUUCCAGAUCGGAAAUGAAGUGCUUGGGAUGUCUGAUAUUAAAACGUUGCAUAACCCAAAAUGGAUAAACAAUAAGAUCAUUAACGCCUUCCUCCAUCAUUUAGCUAUGGUGCAUAACGCAACAUCUUGUCAUUGGGUAUUAGCGUUACCCAGCUACCUGAUGACGAUGUGGAUGGCGGGUAAUAUGGAUACAUGGAGGUUCCGGAAGAUUAAGUUCCAAAAUUACAAAUGGGUUUUUCUGCCAGUGAACAUAAAUGACAACCACUGGGUGUUAAUGGUGGCAGACCUUGAAACAAGAGCCUUGUCCAUACUGGACUCAUUAGGAUGGAAGAACCGUCUUCUUCCAGGCUUUUGGUUGAAGUUCGCCAAGCGCAUAGAUCAGGACAUUCCAGAUGACCUGCCAAUCGAGUGGUUAACGGGGAGCCUGGUGUCCGCUCGGCAGCAGCGCUUGGGGCGCUUUUGUUAUGCUGUAUGACAGUGUACUGUUUCCAGACAGACAACAUAUGAGACAGACACUCCAGAAACAUACUACAAGAG